ACCCGACAAUCGCAUCCCAAACAGCUUGCGCACAGCGCAUACCGGCGCAACAAGCUUUCUCUACACACUGCGCACAGCUCUGUCAGGAGCCACGGCGCCAGCAUGUCUCUCGAAAACGAGAAGCCCGUCGGGGCAAGCGAAAAGUCAACAGAGGUGGCUGAGAAGACAGCCAGCAACGGCCACUCUGACAGGGCAUCGUCCCAUGGCGACUCGACCGAAGUGGAUGCAUCAAUCCAGCCUAAGAACCAGACGGCCAACAUCACCAGCAAUCUCGAAAAGGCCGACUCCAAGGCUAUCGCACCAAAAGACCCCAGCGAUGACCCCUACGAGCACCUGCCCGCCAAUGAGGCCGCGAUCCUCAAGCGUCAGGUCUUCACUCCCGAAGUCAAGGCCGGCAUCAUGACCCUGUACCGGUAUUCUUCGACCAACGACCUGCUCAUCCUCUCCCUCUCCGCCUUCACCUCCAUCGUGGUCGGCGCCGCACUGCCGCUCAUGACGGUCAUCUUUGGUAACCUGCAGGGCACUUUCCAGAACUACUUUGCCGGCACGACGUCCAAGGACGAUUUUAACAGCGAGAUGGCGAGCCUUGUCUUGUACUUUGUCUACCUCGCCAUUGGUGUUUUUGUGUGCCAGUACAUCACCACGGUCGGAUUCAUCUACACGGGAGAGCACAUUAGCGCAAAGAUUCGCGAGCACUACCUCCAGAGCUGCAUGCGCCAGAACAUUGGUUUCUUCGACAAAUUGGGCGCCGGCGAGGUGACGACCCGAAUCACCGCCGACACCAACCUGAUCCAGGACGGUAUCUCGGAAAAGGUCGGCCUUACGCUUGCCGCCAUCGCCACCUUCAUCUCGGCCUUUGUCAUUGGUUUCGUCCACUACUGGAAGCUCACCCUGAUCCUCUUGUCUACUGUUGUCGCCCUUCUCCUGAGCAUGGGAGGCGGCUCGACCUUUAUCGUCAAGUACAGCAAGCAGUCCAUCGAGUCGUACGCCCACGGAGGCAGUCUGGCCGACGAGGUCAUUAGCUCCAUCCGCAACGCCGUCGCCUUUGGCACCCAGGACCGCCUCGCCAAACAGUACGAUGCGCACCUCACAAAGGCCGAGUUCUUUGGCUACAAGGUCAAGUCCGCCAUUGGCGUCAUGGUCGCGCUGAUGAUGACCAUUCUGUACCUCAACUACGGUCUCGCGUUCUGGCAGGGAAGCAAGUUCCUCAUCGACGACGGCAUCAAGCUGUCCAACAUUCUCAUCAUCAUGAUGUCCAUCAUGAUUGGUGCCUUUAACCUCGGAAACGUCGCCCCCAACGUCCAGGCCUUCACCACUGCCAUUGCGGCGGCCGCCAAGAUCUACAACACCAUUGACCGCGUCUCUCCCCUGGACCCUUCCCGCGACGACGGAACCAAGCUCGAGCAGGUCGAAGGCACAAUCCGCCUCGAGAACAUUAAGCACAUCUACCCGUCUCGCCCAGAGGUCACAGUCAUGGACGACGUGAGCUUGACCAUUCCUGCGGGUAAGACCACGGCUCUAGUCGGCGCCUCGGGCUCCGGCAAGAGUACCAUUGUCGGUCUCGUCGAGCGAUUCUACGACCCCGUCCGCGGAUCAGUGUUUCUGGACGGCCACGACAUUAGCACCCUUAACCUGCGCUGGCUGCGUCAGCAAAUGGCGCUCGUCAGCCAGGAGCCCACUCUGUUCGCGACCACCAUCUACCAGAACAUCCGAUACGGUCUCAUUGGUACCCAGCACGAGAACGCGUCCGAGGAGGAGCAGAAGAAGCUCAUCGAGGAGGCGGCGAAAAUGGCAAACGCUCACGAUUUCAUUAGCGGUCUCCCCGAAGGGUACCUCACCAACGUCGGCGAGCGCGGUUUCCUACUUUCCGGUGGCCAAAAGCAGCGCAUCGCCAUUGCGCGAGCGGUCGUGUCCAACCCCAAGAUUCUGCUUCUCGACGAGGCCACCUCUGCCCUUGACACCAAGUCCGAGGGCGUUGUGCAAGCCGCUCUCGAAGUCGCCUCCCAGGGCCGAACCACCAUCACCAUUGCCCACCGUCUGUCCACCAUCAAGGAUGCCCACAACAUUGUCGUCAUGUCCAGCGGCCGCAUCGUCGAGCAGGGUACCCACAACGACCUUCUCGCCAAGCAGGGCGCCUACUACAACCUCGUCACGGCCCAGAACAUUGCCCGCGUCAACGAGAUGGACGCCGAGGAGGAAGAAGCCAUUGACGCCGAAGACGACGAGAUCAUCCGCAAAGCCUCGCGCGCCUCCGACAAGGGCUACGUUGCCGACCCGGAAGACAACAUGGCCGCCAAACUGCAGCGAACAACAACCUCCAAGUCUCUGUCCAGUAUUGCCCUCCAGAACCGGAAGGACGACGGUGAGGUCAAGUACAGUCUGUGGACCCUCAUCAAGCUCAUCGCCUCGUUCAACCAAAAGGAGUGGAAGCUCAUGCUCAUCGGUCUUGUCUUCUCCAUCAUUUGCGGUGGUGGCAACCCUACCCAGGCCGUCUUCUUCGCCAAGCAGAUUAUGACCUUGUCGGUUCCCAUCACCCCGCAGACCACCCAGGAGACCCUCCACCAGAUGAAGAAGGAUUCCGACUUUUGGAGCGCCAUGUACCUGAUGCUCGCCGGCGUCCAGUUCAUUGCCUUUGUCAUCCAGGGAAUCGCCUUUGCAAAGUGCUCCGAGCGCCUCAUCCACCGCGUCCGUGACCAGGCCUUCCGCACCAUGCUUCGCCAAGACGUUGCCUUUUUUGACAAGGACUCCAACACGGCCGGCGCGCUCACCUCCUUCCUGUCCACCGAGACCACCCACUUGGCCGGACUUAGCGGCGUCACCCUCGGCACCCUGCUCAUGGUCACAACAACCUUGGUUGCUGCACUGGCGCUCGCCAUCGCCAUUGGCUGGAAGCUCGCCCUCGUCUGUACUGCAACCAUCCCGAUCCUCAUUGGCUGUGGUUUCUUCCGUUUCUGGAUGCUCGCCCACUUCCAGCGCCGCUCCAAGACUGCCUAUUCCAACUCGGCGAGCUACGCAUCCGAGGCAAUCUCGGCCAUCCGCACCGUUGCCUCGCUCACGCGCGAGGACGACGUCAUACGCCAGUACCAGACUUCCCUGGCCAUCCAACAGCGCGCCAGUCUCAUCUCGAUCCUCAAGUCAAGCUUGCUGUUCGCCGCGUCCCAGUCCUUCAUGUUCCUGGCCUUUGCCCUCGGUUUCUGGUACGGUGGUACCCUCAUCGCCAAUGGAGAGUACAACAUGUUCCAGUUCUUCGUCUGCUUCUCUGCCGUCAUCUUUGGUGCGCAGUCGGCUGGCUCCAUCUUCUCGUUUGCUCCCGACAUGGGCAAGGCUCACCAGGCCGCCAACGAGCUCAAGAUUCUCUUUGACCGCAAGCCGACCAUCGACACCUGGUCCAAGGAGGGCGCUUCUCUCGACGCCGUCGACGGCACCCUCGAGUUCCGCGACGUCCACUUCCGGUACCCAACCAGACCCGAGCAGCCCGUCCUCCGCGGACUCAACCUCGUCAUUCGCCCCGGCCAGUACGUCGCACUUGUCGGAGCGUCCGGCUGCGGCAAGUCUACCACGAUUGCCCUUCUCGAGCGCUUCUACGACCCGCUUUCCGGCGCCAUCUUUGUCGACGGCAAGGAGAUUAGCACGCUCAACGUCAACGAGUACCGCUCAUUCAUCGCCCUCGUCAGUCAGGAGCCCACCCUGUACCAGGGCACAAUCAGGGAGAAUAUUCUGCUCGGUGCUCACACAGAGGUUACCGACGAGGCCAUCGAGUUUGCCUGUCGCGAGGCCAACAUUUACGACUUUAUCGUCUCGAUGCCCGAGGGUUUCAACACGGUUGUUGGAAGCAAGGGCGCUCUUUUGUCUGGAGGUCAGAAGCAGCGUAUCGCCAUUGCCCGCGCCCUCAUCCGUGAUCCCAAGAUCCUGCUGCUGGACGAGGCCACAUCUGCCCUCGACUCCGAGUCCGAGCACGUCGUCCAGGCUGCCCUCGACAAGGCCGCCAAGGGCCGCACAACGAUUGCCGUCGCGCAUCGUCUCAGCACCAUUCAAAAGGCCGACAUUAUCUACGUGUUUGACCAGGGUCGCAUUGUCGAGCAAGGUACGCACGCCGAGCUCAUGAAGAAGAAUGGCCGCUAUGCCGAGCUGGUCAACCUCCAGUCCCUGGAGAAGAACAGCUAG